CUUCUUUUCCUUGGCUCUUUCCGUUCUUCCUCCUAUUCUCUUUUCGUUCAUAUUUCCUACUGUUUUUCUUUGAGCGGGCCCCCGAUUAUGAAUCUUUUUAUUUCUUGGGGUUAUCGACUUCUCCACGGCUAACAUCGCACUCCUUCAGAAUCCAUCUCUCAUAUUCACAGUCACCACUAACAUAGACGGCUCCCUUCAUACCAUUACCCCUAUUAUAAUUACGGACCGCAGGAACUGAGAUAUGACUACGACUAUAUCAACUACAGUUACUGAAGUAAUAGGUAGCGAGGCGCCUGUAUCGAUACCAUCAUCUGCUGUUACAGAGACUACUAGCACGGAUGCGCUACCGCCACUUCCUGUUCAU